CCCCACUCUCAUUGCCUUUCAUUUUUCAUAAUCUAUUGUCCGUAUCUACAUCUGUGUAUAUAUAUAUAUAUAUAUAUUCUAAGACAGUGCUGAGUUUGUGUAACAACUCAGAAGGGAGGCUUUGAGGUUUCACAUUUUAUUGAGACGAUGGUGGGUGUUAUUUCGUUGGUAACUGGAAUGAUUGGUCCAAGUGGCUUUGGAUCAGCUUCCACUGCAGAACAAGUUACUGAAGGAAUUGAUGCUGCCAACCUCACUGCGAUUAUCACAGGAGGAGCAAGUGGAAUUGGGUUGGAGACAACACGAGUGUUGGCACUUCGGAAGGUUCAUGUGAUCAUUGCAGUAAGAAACAUGGCGUCUGCAAAAGAAGCUAAACAACGUAUACUAGAAGAGAAUGAGUCUGCACGAGUCGACAUAAUGAAGCUCGAUCUGUGCUCUCUCAAUUCUGUGACAUCCUUUGUCGACAACUUCAUAGCUCUUGAUCUUCCUCUCAAUAUCUUAAUAAACAAUGCUGGAGUAAUGUUCUGCCCCUUCGAACUCUCAGAGGAUGGGAUCGAGAUGCAGUUUGCAACAAACCAUCUUGGUCAUUUCCUGUUGACAAACCUGCUUCUUGAAAAAAUGAAACAAACAGCACAAGCCACUGGAAUAGAGGGCAGGAUCAUAAAUCUGUCAUCGAUUGCCCAUAACUACACUUACAUGAAGGGGAUUAGAUUCAAUAAGAUCAAUGAGCGAAAAGGUUAUGGUAACAAGAAGGCUUAUGGACAGUCCAAGUUAGCAAACAUACUGCAUACAAAUGAGCUUUCUCAUCGCCUGCAGGAAGAGGGUGUGAACAUCACAGCAAACUCAGUCCAUCCAGGAGUAAUAAUGACACCUCUUAUGAGACAUUCUUCUUACCUUAUGCACUUCUUGAAGAUAUUCUCCUUUUACAUAUGGAAGAACGUCCCUCAGGGAGCAGCCACGACAUGCUAUGUUGCUCUCCACCCAAACGUGAAAGGUGUAACUGGGAAGUACUUUGUGGAUUGCAAUCUAUGCAAGCCAAGUGCGCAUGCCAAAAACAAACAUCUAGCAAAGAAACUCUGGGAUUUCAGCAACGAGUUGAUCAAAUCGACUUUAAAAGUUUGAAUACUCUCGCAGCUUGGUGUUUUCCUCCUUAAUUAGGGACAAAAGCCACUUGAAGUCUAUGAAAACUGUUGCAGCUCAUGCAAUAAGAAGAACGUUACAGUUAUAUAUAAUUCCAGUUUGUUCUCGGAGGAUGUUUCUGAACUUUUGAUUUCUUGAGAUUUUUCUAGAAGAAAUUUAUUGAAUUUUUUUUUAA